AUGUUAAGUGACACUGCUCGUGAGGGGAUGCAGUGGGUGGCUGUUCAGAAGACUGCUCGUGAGGGGAUGCAGUGGGUUUCAAUUGGCAAUGAGGUUCUAAAAUAUAGUAAGCAUUGUAGAGUCUGUGACAAAUGCGUUGAUGGCUUUGAUCAUCAUUGCAGGUGGAUCAAUAACUGCAUAGGAAGAAAAAAUUACAAAAGGUUCUUCAUCCUCAUGGUGUUUGCUCUUCUCUUGCUUAUUCUGCAGUGGGCUGUUGGGAUGCUUGUGCUGAUACUGUGUUUUGUUGAGAGAAGGAGAUUUUCUGCUGAAAUUGUUUCAAAGCUGGGUAGUAGCUUUUCCUUGGCACCCUUUAUCAUUGUGGUGGCUGUGUGCACUUUAUUAGCCAUGGUUGCUACUCUUCCAGUUGCACAACUUUUCUUCUUCCAUAUUCUUUUAAUAAAAAAGGGAAUCAGCACCUAUGAUUACAUUAUUGCUUUGAGGGAGCAAGAUCAGGAGCAGGAGCAACUUGCUGUUGGUGGGCAGCAAAGUCCGCAAAUGUCCCAAGUGAGCUCUUUUACUGGACUAAGCAGCACCAGUUCAGUUGUGGACCGCUUGGGAGACUACAGAGCUACUGUGCUGGGGCAUUUUGAUGAGGAAGAUGAGCUGAACCAUGUGAGCUGA